AAUCGCCAUGUCUUCUCUACCAUGGAAAAAACCUAAAUCGAGUCGAAUCUUAAGAUUCAUGUCGGAGUUUCAACAAUCGCCGUUCGUUGAAACUGGCUUCCCAACUUCUUUAAUCGAUCUCUUCUUCAAAAAUCGCGAUCGUCUCAAGAAAUCUCCAUCUAAACGCUUCCAACGAAUCGAACGCCAGAUUCAAACCGCGCCAAACGCUUCUUCUUUGACAAAUCAAGAUGCGGUUUUGGAAAUGCCCACGAGGAUUAAAACCGUUCGGAGUAAGAUCGAGAAAGUUAAUUGCGUUAAAGGUGAAUCAGCGGCGGAGAAGAAGCACGCGAUUAAAAAUAGCGUUUGCGUUUGCGGCGGUAACGGCGAGGUGGUUUUGAUGGCGUUUAAGGUUUUAAUAGUGGCGUUGCUCGCCUUGAGCACGAAGAAGAAGCUUACUAUAGGAAUCACUCUCUCCGCUUUCGCUCUUCUCUUAACAGAGCUCGUGGCGGCGCGUGUGUUCACGCGCUCUAAACUCUGUAACAACGGCAAAGACAAAAACGCGAUUGCCAGCGGAAAAAUCGAAACUUUUGAUGAAACUCGAGUUCCUUGUCUGAAGGAAACAGAGCAUGUAGUAGCUGAAACAGAGGUUUCGAAGUUGAAAGGUUUAACGAUUCGUGAUCUGUUGUUAAAGGACGAGAAAUCGACAAGUAAAAGUUGGAGACUAAAAUCGAAGAUUGUGAAGAAGUUGAGGAGUUACAAUAAUAAGAAGACGAAGAAGACAAUGAUGAUCAAAGAAGAGUCUUUGAUUGAAGUCUCGAGUUUGGUUUUAGAAGAUAAACCAAAUAAAGUUGACUCCGAGAGAGACCAAGAAACGUUGAAUCUUCCAUUGAUGAGAUCAAAUGGUGAUAACAUGAAUGGGAUUGUUGUGAUCGUGAUUGUGCUUACUGGUUUGUUAUGUGGAAAGAUCUUAGCCAUUGUUUUGACACUAUCUUGUCUGGUUUUUAGAUUCGGAGCAGCCAAAAAAUUUAAUCUUUGCAUAUAAUUUUUGUAUUUUUUAUUUUAUUGGAAUGUAUAGUUCUUAUAUGAAGAAGAUUGGAUCGACAUCUAAUUCAUUCGUUAAUAUCAAAUGGGAUAUAAAAGUUGAUACAUGAGAGUAUUAUGGAGAAUUAAAGAUUGGAUCCAUUGUUUAUUUGUGUUUAAGCUUAAUAUUGUUUGGAAUGAAUCACAAUUUUAAGC